AUGUCAUCAGCGCAAGUAGAACUUCCAUCACGACCAGAACAGGCCCGCAUUAAGCAUUCAGAAACGAUCGCCGCGGGAGCAACAGGGUUCCAGCCUGUUGUAGACAAUGAACUGAAGAAAGCUAAGAAAAGAAAACGGCAGCAGACUAUGCACGAAGCUUCACAGAAGCCGUCCCAGUUGCCCGGAGACCCUAUCUUCACUUACUUUCAAGAGGAAGCUGAGAAGAAGGACGGUGCGAGCUGCGUGUUCUUGCUAUGGGGUUCUGAAAACUCGGAAAUUUUCAAUACCUGGGCUGUGGACGUCCCAAAUAUCGACGAUGACAAUGAGUAUGAAUUUUCAAAACUUGGCCUAUCACGAGUUUUCCAUGUAUUCCAAAGAUUCAAAAGACUCAAGCCCGUUACUUUCCGAUUGAUCUGCCGUGACUCAAAAAGGUUCUUAGCCUUCGUUCAACCUAUAGACCUAGAGAACUUGCACAAGAGAUACUCUAGGAAACUAGAAGAAGCUCAGAAAUCUGUCGAAUUGAUAGCAGAUUUCACUGUGCCCUAUGAUCCUCCAGAUUGCUGCUAUCGCGACAGCUCUGGAAAAUACAAUCACAUGAACUCCGACUGUCCAGCCAACAUUUCAUGGGACUUUUAUGGAAUAACUUGUCCUUUCAGAAAAAGGGAUUGGUGCAAUGAUCAGAUACGUUGGAUUGAAACUGCGACUUUCCUUUCUUGUUACUUCAGAAAUCCAGCGGGUGCAAGGUUUCAAAGCAUGCUCAAUGGUUUCGAUAACUGUUGCUUUAUCCAUCGCUAUAGGGAAAUCAAUCCCCCAUCGAACACGUUUAAGUUUCAGAACAGAUAUCUGGAACUAGAUGGCUUGUACGUUGAGACUGCAUGGUGUCCGGUAAAAUCUCUCAUUGCAUUUCUGAGUACCCUCUUCUCUUCUGUAAUCAUCGGAGGAAUCUUUUUCUGGGGCAGUUGGGAGAUAAUAUUCGGCGCUGGAAGCUUCAUCCUCGCUUUGCUGAUGUUGGUAUUGACAGUCCUUAGUCGCUAUGAUGUCUAAUAGAUAGAAAAAGCGACCAAAGUACUAGUGAAGGACUUUAUGCUCUCAACGCAUUCCUGUAGCAAUACGAUAAUGUCUAUCCUC